UCAAAAAAGAAAGAAGGAGAAUGCGCCACUUCACGAAGCAGGACUUCCGUCUUGUGACGUGUUUGCCGCUGCAGAACCGGAUGCUGGUGGCUGUCCAGUGUAGAUGUCAGAUGCAGUUUGAACUGCGAAGAGGAGCAAGUUAACUGUCUAAAUAUUGAGUGAAAAUUGGCAGGUGAGAAGAUGUUGCGUUGGCUGCUUGGAGCUGCGCUGCUGUCUCGAGCGGUAGGCUUCUACCUCCCGGGUCUGGCACCCGUGAACUUCUGUGAGCCUGGAAAAGACCAAGUCCCAGACUGCAAGUCGACCAUUGAGCUGUUUGUGAACAGGUUGGAUUCAGUGGAGUCUGUUCUGCCUUAUGAAUAUACUGCGUUCGACUUUUGCUCAGAGAAAACAAUGAAACGUCCAUCGGAGAAUCUGGGCCAGGUUCUAUUUGGGGAGAGGAUUGAACCCUCACCAUACAAGUUUGAGUUUAAGAAACCUGCAGCGUGUCAGAAGGUGUGUACCAGAACCUACAACACCAACAACCCAUUAGACAAAGCCAAACUGGACUUCCUCAAGAAAGGCAUGUUACUCAACUACCAGCAUCACUGGAUUGUGGAUAACAUGCCAGUCACUUGGUGCUAUGAUGUUGAAGAUGGACAGAAGUUCUGUAAUCCUGGUUUCCCUAUUGGCUGUUUCGUCACAGAAGCAGGUCGACCCAAAGAUGCCUGCGUGGUCAACUCUAAUUUUAAUGAGAAGGAUGCUUUUUACAUCUUUAACCAUGUGGACAUCACCAUCCAUUACCACAUCGUUGAGAAUGAACAACUGGGAGCUCGAUUGGUUGCUGCCAAGAUUGAACCCAAAAGCUAUGACAACUCUAAUGAAGAUAGCCCUGCUUGUUCUGGGGGGCCAAAGUUCCUGAGAAACAAACACACAGGAGUGUUUGAGAUCCCAUACACUUACUCUGUCAACUUUGUGGAAGACACGAAUAUUCGUUGGGCAUCUAGAUGGGACUAUAUCCUAGAGUCAAUGCCUCACACCAACAUCCAGUGGUUCAGCAUAAUGAACUCAAUGGUGAUUGUGUUGUUCCUGUCUGGAAUGGUAGCAAUGAUCAUGCUGAGGACUCUGCAUAAAGAUAUCGCCCGAUACAAUCAGAUGGACUCUGUGGAGGAUGCUCAGGAGGAGUUUGGGUGGAAGUUGGUCCAUGGAGAUGUUUUCCGACCUCCCAGGAAGGGAAUGCUGCUGUCUGUUUUCCUCGGCUCUGGAACCCAGAUCUUCAUUAUGACCUUCGUCACCCUUUUCUUUGCCUGUCUUGGGUUCCUCUCUCCUGCGAACCGUGGGGCUCUGAUGACAUGUGCUGUGGUUCUCUGGGUUCUUCUGGGAACUCCUGCUGGAUAUGUGGCUGCUCGCCUCUACAAAUCUUUUGGAGGAGAGAAGUGGAAGACCAACGUUCUGCUGACAGCCUUUCUCUGUCCUGGGGUGGUAUUUGCAGAUUUCUUUGUGAUGAACUUGAUCCUGUGGGGUGAAGGGUCUUCGGCAGCCAUGCCAUUUGGAACCCUGGUGGCCAUAUUGGCUCUUUGGUUCUGUAUCUCAGUGCCUCUUACCUUUAUAGGAGCAUACUUUGGCUUCAAGAAGGCAGGUAUUGAGCACCCAGUGCGGACCAAUCAGAUUCCUCGUCAAGUCCCAGAGCAGUCAUUCUACACAAAGCCUUUCCCUGGUAUCAUCAUGGGAGGAAUUCUGCCUUUUGGAUGUAUAUUUAUUCAGCUGUUCUUCAUAUUAAACUCCAUCUGGUCCCAUCAGAUGUACUACAUGUUUGGCUUCCUUUUCCUUGUCUUCAUCAUCCUGGUCAUCACCUGCUCUGAGGCCACCAUCCUGCUUUGCUACUUCCAUUUAUGUGCUGAGGACUACCAUUGGCAGUGGCGUUCCUUCCUGACUAGCGGCUUCACUGCUGUCUAUUUCCUGGUCUACGCCAUUCAUUACUUCUUCUCUAAGCUGCAAAUCACUGGACUGGCCAGCACCAUCCUGUACUUUGGAUACACCAUGAUUAUGGCUCUCAUUUUUUUCUUAUUCACAGGUGCAAUCGGCUUCUUUGCCUGUUUCUGGUUUGUUACAAAGAUCUACAGUGUGGUCAAAGUGGACUGAAGGAUACAAACUCAACAGACUAUUGACUGGAAAUUGGUUUUCUCCCAUAAACCUCUGGAACGUUCAGCACUAUCAAACUGGACUGAACUUUACAAUGUGAACCUUUACUUUCUCAUUUCCUCAGGCAGAGAGAACUGUGCCUCCGACAGACGACAACUUUCUUUCGUUGUGAGCCCAAAAUGUUUGCGUGUGAGCAUGUGACUGGGUUGUAAUUUUGAACAUAGAGUAUCUAUCUGCAUAUAUUCUGAACAAGCCUGUUUUCAGUAUCUGACACACAGAAAGUCGGUUCAUACCAUACCACCUUCACACAGUGCAGUGACCCACAGCUGGACUGUGCAGAGAGUGUGUCUGUAUUUGGAAAUUGCAGUCAGGCAAAUAAAGCUGUGAGCGUUUGCUUCUUAACAGCUGUUUUUUCAGAGCUGUUGUGUUGAAACAUGCACUUGUCACCAUUUUGUGGCUAACAUAUUGUGUCCCUAAAUGUAUUUACAUCCACAUUUCAACACCAAAAUGGCUCAAUAGGGCUGUUCCAAAUUAUAGUGGAACAGCUUUCAUUUCUCUGAGGUGUGGGGGGGGGGGGGGGGGUGACUGAUGAAUCCUGCUGAUGACAGAAAGCCAAAGUCCAGUCUCACUUUGGUGCCGGCCUCUGUUCUAUUAAAGGCAACACACGUCUUGCUGCGUCAAGGAUACACCCUCCUGUCCUGUUUCUCAGCAAUGACUUGUUCUUGCAAAUAAUGCAAACUGAGGGAUUGAGGGACGUAUGUUGUAAAAGGGUCUCUGGAACCUUGCUGCCUUCCUGUUCUGUCUUGUUUCACUUUUUCACAAUUGGUCACAUUGAUUUCUCUAUACUGAGCUCACUUUGUAAAAACUUCUCACAGUUCUCUUAAACAACAUGCUUGGCUUUAUUUUCUGAAACUUAAGUCAUUCUAGUGAUGCAGUACAAAACAAAUGUGUUCACUACACAUGCAUGCUUAGGACAGCCUCAGAUAUGAAUAUACAGCAGUCUGAGUGAACCCUUCUGUAUUUGGCCACAAGUUCUCAUCCAGGUCACACCAUAUGUCCGCUCUGACCCCUUUCCUAAGCGGGCACAAGUCUUUCAUAAUUCAGGAAUGAAAUGAAUAUUUGUUUGUUUGUUUUUUAGAUGUUAAUGUAGCAAAUUAUAGACUAAUUUGAAGAGUUGAAAAGUUGUUUUUCAAACGGUAUGCGAGCAUGCACAAAGGGGACUGUAAAUUCACGGAUUUGGAGGUUGCGUAUGAGUGAACCAAUUUGAGAAAUUUAAAAAGAUGUUGAUUUUUAAUGCAUUUUGUGUUAAAGCAAUAAAAAGUUAUCAACUGAUGUUUUGCUCAAUGAGUUUUGAAAAAACAAAUUCAGAACUAUGUGUAACCAAAUGUAAAAAACAAAACGAAUGUAUAUUCUGAGCCAUUAGUGAAGUUUAAGAGACGGACGGAACAGACAGAAAUUUAAUCCCGUUUGGUAUUGAGGCAAGAUGAUUGGACCAGUCAUUGUCCCUCACAACCCAACAUUACACGCCACAUUAUUGCUUUGGUACCAAGCCAGGAAUAAAUACAUUUCUUCACUUUGC